CCAACGCUUGCAGUUGGAGUUCGGCGGCGCGGCAGGGAACAUCGGCGGGAGGAAGCAGCAGAAGCAAGCGGGGGCAUGGGGAACCAUCACAGCCACGACGUCCUCCUGCAAAAUUCUCUCCCAAGGAACAACUCUGGAUCUGAUCUUCACGACAAGACCCCGACGCAAUUAGUGCCCAUUGACAAAUUAGCUAAGAUUCUUGCCCAGAAGAGUUUAGAAGAAGAUUCGGUGCAAGGAAUUACGAGCCGAAUAUUCACUAAAUAUGUGUUCCCGCGAUAUCCAGAUUUAUCCCAACGGCUGUUCUUGUUCUUCCAUUCCUCCGCUGGCCCCCAAAAACAUGAGUGGCUUAGCCAAACAACAUUCAAACAACAGGCCGAAAGAUUUCUUGGCGUUCUGGCUGAUGAGCGACAGAUUGAGAUAUAUGUCAAGAUGUAUUCAUCCGAUGGCAAUGAGGUGACACAAGAAAAUUUUAGAGAUCUGCUUAUGGCUGCAUAUCGUUUAGCGAUGGAUCAUUAUCCCGAAGGCUCUGUUACGUGCAAGAGACUCUACCACACCUUGCAGGCUGUUAUUGAUUCUGCUUUCCAUCGUAAGAAGACACUGUCGGUGACAUACCUGACGCACUGGAUACAACAGCACUGUCCUCGCCUGACUGUGGGGCUGUUCCGCUUCGUGGUGCACGUCCUCAGUACAGCUUACAGGUCCCUGGGUCAAGACAACAAUGGACCAGCGGAGCUGGACUUGAGUACCCCAGUGCUGGAACGAGAAAUAAGCUUUGCACCUAAAGAUGAUGAAGAAGAAAUGCUUCCAGUGUCAGAGGUGUGGCUGUUGUCACUGACAUUGCCUGCAGUAUUCACUCGCCCAUCACCUCACCACUCUCCCGCUUCGUCCGCCAACGGCCUUUCUUCACAGCAAUUCAUCGCCAAAAUGCUUGGCUGUAUCUGUCCGUCCCAUUGGGUCCUGCUGUACAACAGCAGCCAACAUGGACUUGGAGCCAACAGGUUCAUGCAUCACGUGCUGGGCUAUAAAGGGCCGACGCUGAUUUUCCUGCGUGGUGAGCAGGAUACGCAGUUCUGCCUGUCGGCCAGCAGCGAGUGGCGGGAGUCCCACCAGUACUGGGGGGAUGAAGACUGCGUCCUCCUGCAGAUGCUUCCUCGUUACCACGUUGUGGAAAAGGGUCCCAAACUUCUGUACCUGAACACCUCAAUACGGGGCUAUCCAGUAGCACUGCGAGCAGGGCAGGAUCCCCGGAAACCCAGCCUUGAGGUUGAUAUAGAUUUCUCUGUUGUCAAAUUUUGUGACAUCCCAUACAGCCUCCUUGAUGUUGAGGUGUGGGGCUGUGGACCUCAGCAAUCUAGGGAGUCUCAAUUGGAAAUUAAGAAGUGGCAGGUCAAACAGGCAGAAAAGCAACGUGUUGUGAAACUGAGUGCCGCCGAGUGGGUGGACCAUCCAGACCGCUACCUGCUUGAACUGGCGGGGCGUACGUGCUACAACAAUAAGGCUAGCUAGCCCUAGUCAUUUUUAGUGCUAAUUGACUGUGUUUUAAGUGCUGGAGCUUCUCUGUUUAGUCCUGUGAUGCACACGGAAGUAGUACUGGAGCUUGUGGUCGGUGAGCUGGUCUCUUGUUCCUAAUCACAUGCUAAAUUUGUAAAAGACCUGUUAAUAUGCUCUGCUGUGCUUGUAGAGUAACUGCAUAAAUCAUUCCAUUGGUUUUGUUGCCCCAGUCAGACUAUAAUGUUCACAAGGAUAUUCUACCUACUAUAUGAUGGCACUUACGUAUUUUCUGUCUGUCUGUCGUGUGUGUGUGUGUGUGUGUGUGUGUGUGUGUGUGUGUGUGUGUGUGUGACAGGAACAUCAUUGCUGAAUUUUUACAAUCAACUGCACAUACUGAUCACUUUCUUUAUGUAUUUUGACAAAUUAUUUCCUUCCUGGACUAGUGAACAUGUAAAUCAAGAAAAAUGGUUUAGGAAGGUAAAUAUUUUUACAGGUUAGGACCCUUGAUGAGUGUGAAAAUAUUUUAUAUAUGGUAUAAAUAUAUUUUUUUAAAUUAUGUUAACUGGCUUGGACACACCACACUUACAGCACAAAAGUUCUGAUCAGUUUGAAAUACAUUACAAGCCUAAGAAUCUGAGAAUCAAUGUAAAAUAGCUUUUUACUACUGUGAUUAUUACAGGGCUAAAUAUAGGCAACAACAGAAUUAAAUUUUCUGUUAUCUGUACUUGAUACCGCAGAACCAAAAGUGCUCUUGCAAGAAGCUGCCUUGUUACUUGUGGCAUUUAAAAUUCUCUUUGAUAAUGUAUUUUGAGACUGUGGUUUUGAUACUGGUGUCACCGAGGAGGAAUAGUUUCGGAGAAGAGUUCUGCUUGCAGUUGUGAAAUGUAGUACCAAGUUUGUUUAGACAUAGGUAACAAAAUAAUACAUGGUUUUACUGGUGCUAUGUCUGUGCAUGACAGUGACCAAAAAUUGCUGGAUGGGACAUAUUUUUUAGAUCUGUGUCUCAUUUCUACAAAAUUUACUAUCAUAAUAGGUAGGGGCAUUUUGACAAUAAGUUCUAUAUACAAAUCUGUGUAUAGAUUGUCAAUGUAACAGGUAAUGUUAAUAAAACAUUUUUCUGAAAUUUUAAAUGUUUGCUUGGAUAAGCCAUGUUGUUUGAAGUUGCACAUCAAUAAGUAAAUGUGUAGGCAACAUAAAGAAUAAGUAGACACAGAUCUUAUCUAGUUUCGAAAUGCUAUGUACACUGUUAUAAUCCUCAGUGCAGAGUAAUCAGAAUGUUUUUAAAAAUAAAUUGCUCAGUCAUGGCUCAUACUUUUUAAUGUUUGAACAUUUCAGAAUGUUUUAAACUUGUUCAUGUUUAAUUUUAUAUUUGUAUAUUGACACUGUAGUCUUAAGAGUUCUAACAGACAAUUUUUCUAUGUCAUUCAUAUAAAAAAAUUGUCACUUCUUAUGAAACAACAUGUUUCAGGAGUAGCUUUCUAUUUCAAUUCUGUUGUGUAUGAGAUUAUGGCACUGGUUACCUAUUUGAUUUAAAUAUAAAAAUUGUCAGGUCUUCCCAAAAGCAAUGUGGCUGUUUUGUGCCUUUUUUAGUAUUAGUGUAAUUAUUUCACAUUGCCUGUAAACAUAUUUAUUUUUAUUUUUUUCUUUAAUUUUGUGGACUGUAAUUUUCUUUUACAGUUUCACCAAGAAUAUGGACAGAAUUAUAUUUUUGUUUAGUGUAUGUAACAGUUCAUGCCUUCAUUUUCUGGCAGUAGUUUUCCCCACCUGCAGAAAAGUAUGUCAGUUUUCACCAACACAUCAUAAUUAUUAUUUAUGUAUAGUGAUAUAUAUAUAAGUUUAAAUCUAGGUGCCUUAAGAGUUUCUUUAGCAAAUAUAUUACUAUUCUAGAAAAAUCUUGUAUGCAGAAUACACUUGGACUGAGCUGCAGUGAUGUUGGGUAUGCUUUUACCAGUCACAUUGAGGUGGCAAAUGUGUUAAUUCUUUUGCGACAAUGAAUUCUGCGUGUGUGACUGCAUUAACAUGGUUGGUUGAUAAUGUGAUUCACAAGAGCUGAUAUAUUCUUCAAGCUUCUUGAAAAUUUCCAAAUGUACUUUGUAGCUUCGUUUAAUGUGACAUUUGGCUCUCGGAAAGAAACCUGUUAAGAACACAGUAAUGUUCUUGGCACCAUGCAAGAAGCUCCUUAGUUGUUGAAACAAAUAUGUUGUUGCCUCA